AUGGGUGCAUUUCUUUAUCGCUAUAACAAACAGCUACGUGAUGUUUCCGAUGCCCUCAUGGGGAACUACUUCGAGGCUGGACGUGACAUCGUACUAGUAACUGGAGGGGUGUCUGGUUUGGGGCGAGAAAUUGUGGGCAAAUUUGCAGCCAAGAAAGCCAGGGUGAUUGUGCUUGAUAUCCAGUCUCCAACGAUGGAAGACCGGGUCGAAAACGUCCAUUACUACCAGUGUGACGUUGGGAACCGAAAUCAGCUCAUUGAAAUCCACAAGAAGGUGAUCCAAGAGGUGGGCAAACCCACUGUGUUGAUCAAUAACGCCGGGAUCGCUAGAGGCAAGAGCUUAGUCGAGCUCGAAUACGCUGAAAUAGAGCAGAUGAUCCACACCAACCUUCUUGCCAGUUUCUACACCAUCAAGUUGCUACUUCCCGAUAUGCUCGAGCAAAAAAGAGGGUAUAUUGUCACCAUUGCCUCUGUUUUGGGGUACAUGUGUCCCGCAAGAUUGAGCGUUUAUGGCGCUUCAAAGUCGGGCCUCAUUGCCCUCCACGAGGCGUUGACCUAUGAGUUGGGUUCGCCUUCCUGGAACAAAACUGGAGUCAAGACGUUGUUGGUCUGCCCUGGUCAAUUGAAAACAAACAUGUUCGAGGGUGUAGUUACACCCACCAAGUUAUUGGCUCCUGAACUAGACCCUGCAUAUGUGGCAGAGAGAAUCUACUCGGCUAUGGAGGUAGGUAGAAAGGGAGAUAUCAAAUUGCCGCUAUAUGCCAACCUUAUCCCUAUAUUUAGGGCUCUCCCUUGGUUUUUUGCCGAUGGUGCUCGAAAAUUAUCUGGUAUCGACAAAAGCGUGGCCAACUUCAAAGGAGUCCUCAACAGAGCCACAAACAUUGUUAGUUUGGGCAGAAAGGUCAAUGGACCCAGAGAUACCGCAGAUAUCGCUGAAUAA